AUGGCUCUGAAAUCAUCUGGGGCGGCAGGUCCUUCCGGAUUAGAUGCGAGUAACUGGAAACGUCUUUGCACCAGUUUCAAAAGUUACUCCAAUGAGUUGUGUACUGCCCUUGCAGCUGUUGCCAAACGUUUGUCAACAACGUUUGUGGAUCCAAAUGCUAUCACAGCUUUAGUAGCUUGCCGAUUGAUACCACUUGACAAAAAUCCUGGCAUUCGUCCAAUUGGAAUAUGUGAAGUGAUACGGCGAAUACUGGGAAAAGCUAUCCUCAAAAUCGUUCGAUCUAAUGUACUAGCUGUCACUGGAGCUUUGCAGCUUUGCGCGGGGCAGAGUUCAGGCUGUGAAGCAGCUGUACAUGCAAUGCAAUCCAUCUACCACGACUCUGACACAGAGGCAAUCUUGCUUGUGGACGCAACAAAUGCUUUCAAUUGUCUUAACAGACAGGUUGCCUUGAAGAACAUUUCAAUCAACUGUCCUUCUAUUUUUCCCAUCCUUGUCAACACUUACAGGAAACCUUCUUGUCUCUUUGUUGGCGGGGAAAUGCUCUGGUCUCAAGAAGGUACCACGCAAGGAGACCCCUUGGCGAUGGUAAUGUACGCCCUUGCUACCGUGCCUUUAAUUACUAAACUAAAACUUUCAGAAAAUCGACAGGUAUGGUAUGCUGAUGAUGCCGCUGCUGGAGGAAAAUUAGAAAAAGUGAGAGAUUGGUGGCACUUGCUGUGUGACAAAGGCCCCAAAUACGGUUACUUCCCAAAUGGAAAGAAAUCUUGGCUGAUCGUGAAACCUGAUGCAAUUGACAAAGCAAGGCAGCUCUUUAACAACACUUCCGUGAACAUCACUUCAGAAGGUCACAAAUACCUAGGUUCCGCUAUUGGUACAGAAACUUUCCGCAAAACUUUCCUACAGCAAAAGAUUAUUGAAUGGACAAACGAAAUCGCUGAUUUGGCUCGCAUAGCUCGCUCACAACCCCACGCCGCAUAUGCUGCAUUUACCCACGGCAUUGUGGGUCGCUGGACGUAUGCACUGAGAACCAACCGUGAUGAUGGCACACUUUUGUGUUCACUAGAAUCUGCCAUUCAAGAAAACCUUAUUCCUGCUCUUCUCAAUCGAGCACAACUCAAUCCAACUGAAAGACAACUUAUCGCUUUGCCAGCUCGAUUCGGUGGUCUAGGUAUUAUCAAUCCUGAGAAUUUAGCAUAUGAAUAUUCCCAUUCACAAACCAUCACGGCGCCUUUAGUCAAGAAGAUUCUUCAACAAGACUUUGCUCUUGAAGAUACCUCUCAUCUCCAAGAAAAACUCAAAUUAACCACGCGACAACACAAACAACAGCAACUGAUGUCAUCUGCUGCCACUGUUGAAAAUCAACUUCCUCAGCACUUAAAGCGAGCGAUUUUACUCUCAAAAGAAAAGGGAGCUUCCUCUUGGUUGACAGUCAUCCCGGUUGAAGAGCAUGGCUACUACUUGCACAAAUCGGCAUUUCGUGACUCCAUUUGCCUACGCUAUGGCUGGAAACCUGCAUACCUUCCUGACAAGUGCCCUUGUGGCGGCAGCUUCAACGUGGAUCAUGCAUUAACUUGCCCCACAGGCGGGUUUCCGUCAUUGAGACAUAACGAAAUACGUGACAUUGUUGGAGGUCUUCUUGGAAAAGUUUGUAAUGACGUUAAACUUGAACCGGUUUUGCAAUCCCUGAAUGGUGAAAGCUUUGUUGGACGAAGUACCACAACAGACAAUGAAGCUCGACUAGACAUACGAGCAAAUGGCUUUUGGGGCAAAACUUUUCAAACUACCUUUUUUGAUGUACGUAUUUUCAAUGCAAAUGCUCCAUCCUACAGGGACAUUGCUAUUAAUUCUUGUUAUAAACGCCAAGAACAAGAAAAGAAGAGAAAGUACGAGCACAGGAUACAACAAGUGGAACUUUCGUCUUUUACACCUAUUGUCUAUUCUUGCACUGGCGGUUGCAGUUCUCUUACCAAUACUUUUGUCAAGAGACUUGCUUCCUUGCUGGCAAAUAAAACAGGCACCACAUACAAUCUUACCAUCAACUGGUUACGUUGCCGAAUUGGGUUCGCUCUACUACGAUCUUCAAUCAUGUGCCUACGAGGUUCUCGAUCCAAGCCACCUUGUCAUGAACUUGGUCAAGACUUGAACAUUAGCUUGGCUACUGCUGAAAGCGGCAUGGUCAGUUAAAAGUUCUUCCAGAGUAGUACUUUCUGUUUUAAAUUAGUAUAGUAACUGCUACAUUAGUUAGAUAAUUGACAUAUGUACGUUGUACAAUUUGUUCAAAUACAACACGGUUCCAAGUAGUAGUAGUAGUAGU